GCAACGAUAGGACGAGCGAAGAGAGAAUCAAGUGGCAAAGUAAGAAGAGAGAGAGUUUGAAAGUAGGUUCUUAAGUCGUACGGACAGUUCACGAUUGCUUUUGCGAUCGAUCGCUCCUAGCAAUGAUCCCUAUUUUCUACGUACUCUUAUUUUUUGGUCUAAAUCAUGUCGAAUCGAUGGAACUUCCAUCGAUAUUCCAAGUGGAAGAUUCGAUCAAUCGAACGAUCAACGAAGUUGAAAGAUUGAUCAAUGAAAAUCCAAGUUUGCCUCGAUUAUCUCGAAGCGAUAUCGUAGAGAUUUUAUACAAUAUCACGUCGAAGGAUUUAGAAGCGUAUGGGAAUAAAGAUAAGAUCGAAAAAGGACGGAAAAUGUAUCAGAGAGCUCUAAUGAUCGUUUUGCCGUACAAAGCAAGAGAAUCAUCGGAAAAUUUAAAAGAUUUAUACACAAAACCGCCGAUAGUCCAAAUGAUAUCGGACUCAACCAGUGGUGAACGUCUUGAAAUGGUUUUCAACAACGAUCGAUCGAAAGAAAAUAGUGGAUCGUCGGAAUCGAUCGACAAUUUCGUAGAAAAAAAUCGAUACAAAAAUCAUCGAGAAAUUUAUUCGGAGGUACGACCUAAAGAAUCGUUAUUAAAGGAGACUCUAACUCCUGGAUUAGCGCCGAUCAGAUUUAGUUUCAACUUGGAGAAAUUGGAAAAUAAUCGUUACACCAAUCAAGAAACGACAACGAUCGAUGAUGAUAUUUUUUUUCCUACCACCACCGUUACUACCGUAGACAAUUAUCAGGUUCAAGAUAUCAAUCAGGUUCUUGAUAAAAAGAACGACAACGAGAAAUCAACUACCGAGGAAUUAACGAUCGAUUUGACUCCGUCUAAAUUCAAACAAGAUAUUCUUUAUUCAGAUCAAUGGCGUUAUCAUGCCCCACCGCCUCAAAAUAUUCCGAAUGAAAAGCUCGAGAAUCCGUCGGUCAGUAAAACGGUCACGACAUAUCCCGAAAUUCAACAAGAUGAAAAAUCAUCGACGAUAUUUGUAACUCCGCUCUCAUUAAAUUCUCAAACAUCGAAAUUAAAUACAACGUUGAUCUUAAAUUCUGGUGGAUUUCGUGGAGCAACGAGUAGUACGUCGACCGAGAGAACUUGGACCGAACCAAUGAAACAACAGGUUAUGAAUUUAUUAGCUUCAAUUGGUUUGCGUCCUGACAAUGAAAGAAACAUUGAAAAUCUUUUCGACGAAAAUAAAAAUAUUUACAACGUUCAAUACGAACGAUCAAAGAUUCCUAACGCAAAUGGCAUAGUUUAUUCCCAUACAACAUCCCCUCUAGCAACAUCUAAUACGGAUUCCCCGUCGAUCGCAGAUCAAAAUACUUUCGAGGUUGGUCAUUUUGAUUUGAACAAAGGUAUGGAAAAUUUAACGCCCGAUGUGCGAUUGCUCUUUCAAAAAUUUGGCCUUCAAAGUUCCAAUGAUCAAAGACCUAACGCAACUAUUACCGUAACCGAUCGUGUACCUACGAAUGUGUACAAAAGUUUUAAGCCUUUGCCGACUUCGUCUGGUGUAGAAGAUGAAGAGAUGAGAGAAUUUUUCGCGAGAUUUGGACUUGGUCAUAAAAGGCAAUUCAAGGCUAUGAAAACGGAGGUUCCAUCGGUGAUCGAAGUUGUUCCCGUUAACAUGAGGACGAUAUUAGAAAAUAUUGGAUUGAUCUCGAAUUCUCGUAGGAAUAGCAAAAAUUCAAUUAAUUAUACUUUGGAAGAGAGCAAAUCCAAAUAUCACGUUUUCAAGCCGCACGAAACGACUUUUAAGGAUGAGAAUCAAAGAUCAAAGAUCAAUGAACUUUUAGAUACGGUUAAAUUGGUUCAACAAGGUAAAGCUGAUGUUAAGGAUUUUCAAAAAGCUGCUACAGAUUUAUUGAAGAAUACAAAGACUUUGUCCAGUGGUCCAGAUCCUUUGAGUUUAGAAGAAAUUAUUAGGGUCUAUAACGAAGAUCUUAAAAAUGAAGUGAAGAGACAGGAAGAGGAUACUAAAAGUUCGACGAGUGCAGAGAAUUCUACCGAAUCGAGUACGAUCUCAGAAACUGAAUCGACAGAAACGACGGAAGAACCGACUACGACAUCGGAUUCUGUAAAAGCUCCCGUCGAAUCGAAUACAGCAACGGAAACGGCAAAAACGAAAUCGGAACCAACAUCCACGACGACAACGUCGACCACAACCAAUAGGAAUUUAUUAGAUUUAGAAAGUUCAUUUGGUGGAAGUACACGAGCACCAGAUCCUGUUUUACCAACCAAAAGAAAGAAUGGUUUAUACUUUUUAGUAGAUUGGAACACAUUUCUCGAAGUUGGCGAGGAUGGUAGCGAGAAGAUCGAUUUAAGAUUUCAACCAAAAGUUGGCGACAGGUCAAGGUUUUUGCCGGUAACUGUACCUUGAAUAUGAGCGAGAGAGCGACAGAGAAAGCGUUAUAUAACACGAGCGAAAUGGACACGUUAUAUGGCACUUGCUUAGAAAGUAUCUCUUCUAUUUAUUAUACACGAUGAUUGUUAAUAACUAUUUUAUUAUGUAAUACUGUAUAUAAGAAAUUAUUUUAUCAUAUUUAUACGCCUCGUAUAUAUAACGCCCAAGUUUAUGUUAAAUUAACGCUACGUAUCUUAAGAUUAUCAUGGUUUUUUAAUUUUAUAA